AGUUAUGACAAGGUGGAGCAGGUCAUCAUGACGGUGGAAAACAUGCUGGAGGAGUCGGCUGCGCUCUCCGCGCCUCACCUCUCCGCGGAUCGAUACGAGCGCAGCCGCCGCGGAUGCUGCGAGAGGGUCAGCAUCAACAUCUCCGGGUUGCGUUUCGAGACCCAGCUUAAAACUUUUAACCAGUUUCCCGACACGCUGCUCGGGGACCCCAGGAAAAGGAUGCGCUACUUUGACCCGCUCAGGAACGAGUACUUCUUCGACAGGAACAGACCCAGCUUUGACGCCAUCCUUUACUAUUACCAGUCGGGAGGGCGCAUUCGCAGACCUGUUAACGUCCCCAUUGAUAUUUUCUCAGAGGAAAUCCGCUUCUACCAACUCGGGGACGAGGCCAUGGAGAAAUUUCGCGAGGAUGAAGGGUUUAUCAAAGAGGAGGAGCGCGUACUCCCCAAAAACGAUUUCCAAAAGCAGGUUUGGCUUUUGUUUGAAUAUCCCGAAAGCUCGGGACCAGCGAGGGGGAUAGCCAUUGUUUCAGUGCUUGUUAUUUUAAUUUCAAUAGUUAUUUUUUGCAUGGAGACUCUUCCGGAAUUCCGGGAUGAACGAGACUUGUCCACAGUGGCGCCCGCAGUUAAUGGCACGGCUCUUUACGCGCACAGCCCGUUCACGGACCCCUUCUUUGUAAUAGAAACGCUGUGUAUUAUAUGGUUCUCCUUUGAGCUGCUGGUCAGGUUUUUCGCCUGUCCAAGCAAAACUGUAUUCUCCAAAAACAUCAUGAACAUCAUUGAUAUUGUAGCCAUAAUCCCUUACUUUAUCACCCUGGGGACCGAGAUGGCGGAGAGCCAGAGUAACGGCGGCCAGCAGGCCAUGUCUCUGGCCAUCCUGAGGGUCAUCAGACUGGUCAGGGUGUUUCGUAUCUUUAAGCUUUCGCGUCACUCAAAGGGGCUUCAGAUUUUAGGGCAGACCCUCAAGGCCAGCAUGAGGGAGCUGGGUUUGCUCAUAUUUUUCCUCUUCAUCGGGGUCAUCCUCUUCUCCAGUGCUGUUUACUUUGCAGAAGCGGACGACCCGUCAUCCAGCUUCACCAGCAUCCCGGAUGCUUUUUGGUGGGCAGUGGUCACCAUGACCACGGUCGGGUAUGGGGACAUGCAUCCGGUGACUAUUGGGGGCAAAAUAGUGGGGUCACUCUGCGCAAUAGCCGGCGUGCUGACCAUCGCCUUACCCGUGCCAGUGAUUGUCUCCAAUUUCAACUACUUUUAUCACAGAGAGACGGAUGGAGAAGAGCACCAGCAGUGUCUGAACACGGAUAGUUGUGAGCACCUCCCCCCGGAGGAGAUGAGGAGGUCGUGCAGCUCCGCAUCCCUCAGCAAGUCAGACUAUAUGGUGAUAGAAGAAGGCAUCAAUCACGCAUUUAAACAGCCCAGCUUCACCACGGAAAACAACCAGAACUGUGUGAACAUCAAAAAGAUCUUCACGGACGUGUAAAGGAACCAUGGAAUGAAUGGAGCAUGAAAGAAAA